AUGGCUAACAAUGAUGAUAAUUUGUACUAUGCCGAGCAGAGUCGUUAUCGAGUAGGCAGAGUCUUGUUGAGUGGAACAGUCAUAACAGUGGCUGGAGGAAAUGGCAAUGGUAAUGCUCCCAAUCAGCUUGGUCCCCACUUGUUUGGCGUUUUUGUUGAUCAAUUUGGUAAUGUGUAUGUAUCAGAUACUGAUAAUCAUCGUGUUAUGAAAUGGCUGCCUCGUGCAACGAAUGGAAUAGUUGUGGCUGGUGGCAAUGGACAAGGAAAUGGUGCUAAUCAACUGAAUUAUCCGUAUGGUAUUUAUGUAGAUAGCCAUGGCAACAUCUACAUAGCUGACACUGCUAAUUAUCGUAUUGUUUUAUGGUCACCAGGCUCAUAUACGGGUACAACAGUAGCUGGUGGGAACGGACCUGGUGCUGCUUUGAGUCAAUUAACUACUCCACGAUCAGUUGCAGUCGACAUGUGUGGAAAUAUUUACGUAUCCGACGCUCAAAAUGCACGUAUCACAAGAUGGACUCCUGGUGCAUGGAGUGGCACCGUUGUAGCUGGUACCGGUGUCCUAGGAAAUCAAAUAAAUCAAAUGAAUAAUCCUUUAGGAAUAAAGCUUGUUUCGUUAGGUAAUCUUUAUGUUGCAGAUUUAUCAAAUAACCGGAUACAAAGAUUUGUCAUAAAUAAUAAUUGUGGUAAGUAA